AUUGGUGUAAUGCCCUUGUCCUCUCAAGGCGUGUUUGAAUGGCUGACGAAGCUACCAUGGAUCCAUCUUUCAGGCUGCGUGCAAACACGAGAUUAAAAAUUACGAGAUGCUCGGUCUCUUUUUCUCCCUUGCAUUUUGGCUGCGCUGAUCUCCACCAUUCAAACAUGCCCUUCAAAGCCAACCAGUAAAAUAUCUUGACCUUUAAAGUAAGCAAAAUCUCUUUAAAAGCAACAUUUCUUUAAUACAACACAUAAAAAACUGUAGUUUAAAAUAAAUAAAUUCGGCAAGGAAGGUCUACCACUAAUUAGAGGGGGUUGCCUGUUCUCAUGAAAACCCAAGGAAAAAAAAGGGGGAAGAUGUUCCAGCCGUUUUAGGAACAAGCCAGAUUCGACUCUGGAUUUUAGUUAUACGAAUGCUGACCACUGAUAUGAAAAAUCAAGCCACAUUUUCCUUGACCCUUCCUUCCCUUCAAGGCCAAACUAGAGGCACUUAACCGUCCGCGUAUCUUCCUCAGCCUACACACACACACAGAGAGAGAGAGAGAGAGAGAGAGAGAGAAUGGCUAUGCGGCUUGUCUUCCCCAAUUGUCCGGCAUCAUCAUCGUUCUCUUGCUCAAGAAGUGGCCACCAUCAUCGUGUGUGGUGUUCGGCUUCCUCACCCUUACCACCUGCAACUGUGUUGAAGAAGGGAGCUGUAGACUGGAAGAAGGCCACCUCCCAUUUCUUCGAAUCCGACACGAGACCCAUCAUGCUCUUCGAUGGUGUCUGUAAUUUAUGCAACGGCGGAGUAAAGUUUGUCCGUGAUAAUGAUCACAACAGGAGGAUCAGAUAUGAAGCACUUCAGAGCGAGUCAGGUAGGAAACUGUUGCAGAGGUCUGGCAGGUCACCUGAUGACAUUUCAAGUGUGGUGCUUGUUGAGAAAGAUAGGUCGUAUAUAAAAUCAGAAGCAGUGCUCAAGAUCAUGGAAUAUCUGGACAUGCCUUUUCCUCAACUGUCUCUUUUUAUUAAGCUCAUACCCUUGUUCAUGAGGGACACUGUAUAUGACACAGUUGCAAACAAUCGAUAUGCGUUCUUUGGCCGAUCUGAUGCUUGUGAAAUCUAGGAAAUCUUCACAGCCAUCUUAUCUGAAUUCAAUGACACGGCUGGAUAUAUUGCCAUGUCGACUUGGCAACUCUCAGGCGAUGACUGUAAGUCCUUGCCAAAUACUUGACCAGCGCACACCGUCUGUGGUGUUACCAUGUAACAGAGCUUUGUAAUGUAUCUGUAUUUGAAGCGUCAAGAUAGAAGUCAUUAUUACUUAUUUGUCUUCUCAGACAUCUGUACAGUCACAGUUUACGUUAUAAAUCACAUAGAGAUGCACACUUUACAUC